UUCUUAAAAGUUACAUUAUGUUUAUUACGUGUAAAAGUGUAAAACACUUUAUGAUUGUCAUUUUAGAAUCUAUGGAGAGCCACAAAUGUAUUGAUUUUACAAUAAUGUGUGUGUUUUUUUUUUUUUUUUUGUCAAAACAGUCCACGAAAUAAACUAAUAAAUGCAGUUGUGCACACUUACAUGUUAUCGUGUUUUAUACAUUAUAUAUGAGGCGUCAAACGUUUACUUAGUUGUUAAUUUAUAAAACACCAACGAAUUAUAUUUUACCUAUUCGGAAAUUCUCAUAUAGUUAUAUUGAUAUAUAAUUUGUAAAGUAACACGUUAGUCUUUCUUUGUAGUGAACUGAACAUUAACAAUGAUAUCUUAUAAAGUUUUAAUAACAGUAACUGUGAUAUACAUUAUAAGUUGUAGCGGUUCCGUAGAAGAGUGCGAAGAAAAAUUACAAGAGAUCGGAUUUUCAAAUUCUUCAUUUAUGAGCUACUGCUUUGCAAGGCAAUUUCCGGGUAUUUUACAGUUUAAAAGUCUUGUGAUAAGAAAUCAAGAUCCUAUAUUAAGCGAAUUUGAAGUUGAGUUCUUCUCUACAUUUAGGAACAAAUUUAAAAAAGGGGAAGACAAACUAAAAACUCCAAAGGAAUAUUGUGAAGGAUUAACCAAUUAUUUCAUUGUUCAACCAAGUAAGUCAACUAAAUAUGUAAUUGUACACAUUUUAUAUUAUAUUCAAUUUAUAUGCAAACUGUAAAUAGAAACCUCUAUAGUCUAUAUAUAUAUAUAUAUACCUAAACCUAACCUUCAUAUUGGUGAUAUACCAAUCGAUGUAUAUGAAUUCAAUGCAGGUCAAGUAUAAUUAAUAUAAAUAUUAUAUUUUAUAAUCAUUAAAGCGAUUUUGGAAACGAUAAUGAAACACAUUACUCGACUAUUUGAAGUUUUAUUACUACUACUAAAGUCACUGUUAUUAUCACUCAUAUUGGCUAUAAUAUUGUAGCCGUAUUGUUCCAACUUUUUUCAUAAUAAUUUGAGGGCCAUAAAAAUAUUGUUAGGUUAGGUACAAAGAAGCCGCGCGAUGAUCAAUUUUGAAUAUAACUAACUAUUUUUCGACAAAAAAUUUACUAGGUGUAGGUAACUGAAAAUCUAAUAACCGUGGUUGUUAGACCUUGAAUUUUCACCAAUCGUUUUAUAUAGUAGUGAUUAGCAAUAGUUAGAUCAAUAAAGAGUAAUGAUCACCACUGUAUGGGUCGGUGGUUUUCAAAUAUGUAUUAAACACUGACCUCUUUUUUUGCACUAAAUAAUUUGAUGAACAGAAUUGUUUUGAAUUAUAAUUAUAUACAUUUAAUUAAAAAAGUGUGCUUGAUGGGCUCACUGCUAUGCAUUCAGACUGAAAGAGGAUGAUUUCAAAGGGUGGGUUAAACGGUUUGAACUUUAUAUUCAGCUCAAUGAAGUAUAAACGAACAUGAAAAAAAAAUAAAUAUUUUUAACCAUGAUUUGGUAAUGAAGGUAAUUGAUAUUAAAAUAUUGAUAUUCGAAUACAUGAACCCUAAGCCAAUGUGGUCGUGGAACGUCCAAAUGCCAUUAAAAUUUAGGUACCUAACAUAUAUAAAAUGUUAAACAUUAAAUAUUUUAGUUAAAAAUGAACAUUAAAUUGAAAAAACUGUAUUAUAUAAGUUCUAAUAACAUUAGAAUACAUUUUUGCUGUACUAUUAUAAUAGCGAUUAAUUGUGUGAAUGUCAGUAUUAAAUUUGUAUAACAUAAUUAUUUUUAAAUAGAACCAAUAAUAAAAGGUAAGUACCUAUACUAUUAUUAACCUUCUAUUUAUAAUAUUACUUAUUAAGAAUUAACUUGCAGUGUUAUACAUAUGUGGGAUGCCGGAUGACACACAAAAAUGUUAUGUAAAUAGGACAUUUUGAUGUACAUAAAUGUACUCAAUUCAGUGUAGGAAAAGUGUCUUUUAAAAAUGAAUUCGUUCCUGAUCCUCGUUCCUGUUGUAAUAAAAGGAACUCAUUCCCGUUCUUUUACAUUUUUUUUUGCGAUCUGAGCGCUUGUCAAUAUGGUGUUUUUUGCGGACAAAUUUUAAACCAGAAAUAAUUGGCUAAUUAUCAUAUUCAUUACCUCUUCUGAUACGUAAUUGAACCACUUAUCACCCAUGUGUAUUGCGCCAAUGGUGUGCUGUGUGUUCAGUCACAGACACAUUGUCAUUCCAGUUCUAUGUUACAUUUAUAUUACCUAUUCUUAUAUUCAUGUAACAGUAUUUAUAUAAAUGAUAAACAUGAAGUCAUGUUAUUUAUCAAUGUUACUGGCAAUAUGUGUAAUUCAAUCAUUACAUACAAUUAAAUCUUUUAAAAGAUAACAGAUGAUCGUUCUAUCGACUGGGAACCAAGAAUGGUAGCUCACAAAGUAUAUGCAAGCUCACAGUUCACUGUUUGUCAAAAAAAAAAAAAAAUAUUGCAUUUAUAUGAGGUACCAAC